CUGGAGUGGAUGAUCAAUUUCUACUUAUAUAUAUGUGUGUGUAUACGAUCAUGAAUUGGUGAAGAUCAAAGCAGUAAGUCCUGCAUAUACGUAUACGUUCUCUCCACCAGCUAGCUUAGCUACCUGCGCUCGCCAAAAAAAAUCAAAUGGGAAAAGGGAAAGCUAAAAUAGAGAUGAAGAAGAUAGAGUCUUUGCAGGCAAGGAAUACUUGUUUCAGCAAGCGCCGUAAAGGCCUAUUCAAGAAAUCCGAGGAGCUCUGCCGUCUAUUUCCCGGAAGCCAGGUCGUGGUCGCCGUUCUUUCACCGGCUGGGAAAGCCUACAUCACGGGAGAUCCGAACGCCGUCUUCCCACUCCUCCAAGGCGAAGAAGGUCAAGGCGGUGUCUCUUCUCUUGGCUCUUACUCUCAUCAUGAGAUCAAUGGUUGGGUUAAUGACCCUAGCCGGGAAGGAGAAGAAGAAGAGGAGGACGAAGAGGAGGAGGAGGAAGAAGUUAUGAAUGAGGUCUCUAAUUUGAACCACUGGAAAGAUGAUGAAGACAAUGUAGAAGCACUCGCCAAGAACCUCUUCAAUUAUUACCCCUAUUAGGGGCUGGACAUUGUUUUUACCUGAAUAAACCGCUGGCUGCCCGUUAGUACGUACUUCUUUAGUACCUGAAUAUUCCAUUUCGUGUAACUUAAGUUCCAUUUAGGCUCUCCAAAUAAAUAUCAUGUUUUUGUUGUUAAGUACUUUGCAAUACAUAGUACUCCUCUAGCCCUAAAAGAACUUCCAAUUUUUCUUUUUGGACGUUACAAAAU